AUGGCCAGCAACUCCUCUACAGCCGUCAACCAUGGCCAGCGCCUACCGGAGACAUCGUCCAGAUGCUCCACAGAGAUCUUCACCGCGGCCCACAAUUUCGAGCUGGACAACUACCCUCUGCUUGACGACAUGGGCGCCGACAAGUAUGUUAGCUCGAGCGUCUUCACCGUCGGUGGCUACGACUGGACGAUAAGGUUCUACCCAGAUGGUGACGGGAACCAAAAAAAUUGUGGAGGUAAUGUUUCAGCCUUCCUGUAUUGCUCGAGCCAAGCGAACAACGUGAAGACCAAGUUCAGCCUCAACUUGCUGGAGAAAAAGGGCAAAAUAGGAUUAACCAAGUACGGCCUACUAGAGCAUACUUUCUCUCCGCCAACGUAUGAUUUCGGCUAUCCUGAAUUCUUCGAGAAAUCGAGGCUGAGGUCAUCGCCCGAAUUCAAAACUGGCUGCUUUAUCAUACGAUGUGUUCUCACCGUGACAAAAGAACCUCGAACCGAGGAGAUCAAGCGGAACCUUACCGUGGUUCCGCAGCCGAACCUGCAAGACCAUCUCCAGCAGAUGCUCAAGGACGGACAAGGAGCAGACGUGACGUUUAGCGUGUCUGGCCGACUGUUGAACGCCCACAGGUACCUCCUGGCCGCACGGUCUCCGGUGUUCAAGGCGGAACUAUUCGGCCCAAUGAAGGAGAAGGAAACACAGACCAUAAUAGAGAUCGACGACAUCGAGCCGUCGGUCUUCGAGGCGCUUCUUCACUUUGUAUACACAGACUCCUUGCUACUAGAUGACGAGCACAACAAACAAGACAGAGUUGCCAAAUUCCAGCACUUGCUAGUUGCCGCGGAUCGGUAUGGGCUGGAGAGGUUAAGGCUGCUUUGCGAAAGCAAGCUGUGUGUGGACAUUGACAUGGACACGGUGGCAGUGUCAUUGGCUCUAGCGGAGCAACACCAUUGCAAGGAUCUCAAAGAGGCUUGCGUUCAGUUCAUGGCUCCACGGAAUGUGCUACAAGCUGUCAUGGCAACUGAUGGGUUCAAGCAUUUAGUUGAAAGUUGUCCUUUCGUCAUCAUAGAGUUGUUGGACAUGUUGUGCCGUCAUGGCUAGUCUCG